GUUCAGAUCAAGACUCCGACUUACUGAUAUGAAAGCGUAAAUACCUUCCAAAGCAAAUGCAGACUUUGAGCCAGACUCAUAGACUCUAGUGCGGUCGCCCCGGCGGCUGUUCAUUAGGGAAAACACUUUCUGCGAUAUUCAAACCAUCCUCCGCCUCCACCAUGAACAUCGCAUCUCCCGUGGCAUCCCACCUUGCAGGUGUGGAUUUCUCGUUUCUCGCUCCCGAUGAGAUCCACAAGCUUUCAGUGAAGGAAAUACGGAAUCCUGAGACAUUUGAUACCCUAAAACAUCCUUGUCCCGGCGGUCUCCAUGAUCCAUCUCUAGGGACUUUCCUAGACAAUGCAUGCACAACAUGCAAAUUGAACAAGUUUACCUGCCCGGGUCAUUGUGGACACAUUGACCUACCGGAGUUAGUGUAUCAUCCACUCUUCUUCGAUCAGAUCUUGCGACUCUUGAGAGCGCAAUGCGACUAUUGCCAUCGAGCAAAACUAUCCCGAAUACGGGCAACAGAAGCCAUCUGCAAACUCCAGCUGUUAAAGCAUGGCUUGGUCAAUGCGGUGGCUGGAAUGGAUGAUGCUAUUGCGAAACCUUCGACUGGCCCAUCCACUCACAACCCCAAUGGCGAUUCCGAUUCCGACGACGAGGACGAUGACACGAAGAUCGGCAAGAUCAGGGCGUAUACAAAGGAACAAAUCAAAAGAUUCCAGAGGAAGAACGGCUCUACCGCGGAUCUCGAAAAGAGUGAAAUGGUCAGAGAAGCAAGGUUCUCGGUCCUUUCGGAGGUCCUCAAGGAUAUGUCGACAAGGAGAAAAUGCCCGAAUUGCAACUGCACUUCUCCUUCAUAUCGAAAGGAUCGAUUCGUGAGGAUCUACCGAAACACUCUCGCCGAAACUUACGAGAAGGUUCUAAGAGAACGUGGUAUCACGUACGAGAAUCCAUUGAUCACAUUACGAACCCAAAUCGCCAAGUCGGAAAAGCGCCAGAGCCGCGGUGUUGUGGAUGAGGCGGUAGCUGAUCUUGAUCCAAUGUCAGCGGACGAAGAUGGGGAUGUCCAAAUGGAAGAUGAUGACAUCGGAGGUGGGUUGGUUCUCGAAAAUGCGCAGGUUGGCAUGAGGCAGGCAACCAAGGUCGAGGAAAAACGGGAACGAUACAUGAGCGCCCAGGAGAUCCAUGCGGCGCUCACACUGCUUUUCCAGCGUGAGACGGAACUUUUCAACCUCAUAUAUCGACCGGCUACGGCGUCAACCAAGACUCCGAUCACUCCGGACAUGUUCUUCAUUAAGACGAUGUUAGUCCCUCCGAGCAAGUAUCGACCCGACUCAAAAAAUGAUCGAGGGGAUGUUAUGGAACACAUGAAGAACAAUCACUACAAGGGCAUCCUCCAAUGCGGCCAAACGGUUCGUCAGAUCUCCUCGGAGAUCCUCAACCCAGCCACGUCGGAAUCAGGACGAAAGCGUAGUCUUGUCGAUUAUAAUGAGGCGUGCGUACGCCUUCAGGAAGCUGUCAACUCCUUGAUCGACAAAGACCGCAACCCCAAUCAGGGAUUGGCUGCACGACGGAAUUUGGAUGGGAUCAAACAAGAUCUAGAGAAAAAGGAGGGAUUGUUUCGAAUGAACAUGAUGGGCAAGCGUGUGAACUACGCCGCCAGAAGUGUCAUCUCUCCUGACCCCAACAUCGAAACGAACGAGAUUGGUGUGCCUCCGGUCUUUGCCACAAGGCUGACUUACCCCGAGCCGGUGACGAACCACAAUUACUUCGAACUGAAAGAAGCGGUACUCAACGGUCCGGAUAAAUGGCCUGGUGCUGUGGCGAUCGAGAACGAAAACGGGCAAAUGAUCAAUCUGCGACAUAAAAACGUCGAAGAGAGACAAGCGUUGGCCAAUCAACUCCUAGCACCAUCGAGUACAUCGGACAACGGAAGCAGGGGCAAGAAGGUCUAUCGACAUUUGAACAACGGCGACGUCGUUCUCAUGAAUCGACAACCCACAUUGCAUAAGCCGUCCAUGAUGGCUCACAGGGCCCGAGUCCUUCCAGGAGAGAAAACCAUUCGCAUGCACUACGCCAAUUGCAACACGUAUAAUGCGGAUUUCGAUGGCGAUGAGAUGAACAUGCACCUGCCCCAGAACGAGAUCGGGCGCGCCGAGGCCAUCCUCAUUGCUGCCACUGACGAACAGUACCUGUCGGGCACAGCAGGCAAGCCACUUCGUGGUUUGAUUCAGGAUCACAUUUCGAUGGGCGUGCGCUUGACGAACAAAGACACCUUCUUCACAAGAGGGGAAUACUUCCAACUGAUGUAUGCCGCUCUCCGACCCGAGGAUAACCAUACCACUCACAAUCGCCUCAUCACAUUGCCUCCGGCCAUUUUCCGACCCAGAAAGCUCUGGACGGGAAAGCAGAUCAUUUCGACCGUGCUGGAAAACAUCCGUCCGAUCGGUACGGACGGUCUGACACUCACCGCCGGAUCGCAGACGCCAAAGAAUCUGUGGGGAACUGACUCAGAAGAAGGAGAUGUCAUUUUUCAAAACGGCGUCCUCAUAACGGGAAUCCUCGACAAGAACCACAUCGGACCAAGCGGUGGUGGUUUCAUCAACGGCAUUUACGAGGUGUAUGGGUCGCGUGUGGCGGGACGGCUCCUUAGUAUUCUGGGUCGCCUCCUCACCAAAAUGCUGCACAUGCAAGGGUUUUCGUGCGGCGUGGAGGAUCUGAUCCUGACACACAACGCGGAUACCAGUCGAGGUGAAACCGUCGACAUCUCUAGUAAUGUGGGAUUCGAGGCCGCCGCAAAGUAUGUUAAUCUUGACCCGGAAGAGGCGCGCCAGAGACCGUCCGAGCUGUCCGCACGGUUAGAGAAGGUGUUGCGGAAUCCAGCCGAACAUAGUGGAUUGGACACGGUCAUGCGAUCCGCCGGGUCCGAGGUGACUACCAAGUUACAAUCGGCAUGCGUACCGGCCGGUGUGGUCAAGCCAUUCCCGAAAAACCAGAUGUUGGCAAUGACGGCCACGGGAGCGAAAGGUUCGAACGUCAAUGCCAAUCAGAUUUCGACCAAUCUCGGUCAGCAGGUUCUCGAAGGCCGGCGGGUUCCUGUCAUGGUCAGUGGGAAGACAUUGCCUUGCUUCACGCCCUACGACCCCAGCCUUCGUGCCGGUGGGUACAUCACCGAUCGAUUCUUAACGGGUGUGCGGCCGCAAGAAUAUUACUUCCAUGCCAUGGCAGGACGUGAGGGUCUCAUUGACACCGCCGUGAAAACCUCAAGGUCUGGGUAUCUGCAGCGUUGCCUGGUCAAAGGCAUGGAAGGCCUCCGUGUGGAGUAUGACGGCUCGGUCCGGGACAGCGAUGGCGCAAUGAUCCAGUUCCUUUACGGCGAGGAUGGACUGGACGUGGCGAGACAAAAGUAUCUCUUCGACUUCAAAUUCCUCACGGAGAACUUUGCGGACGUCUAUCGAUCGCUGAAUGCGGGAGCCGAACAUGAGCGGAUGUACAGUGAAGAAGCCAAGUCAUACAACAAAAAAGCUUUGAAGAAGGCGAGGAACCCCGAGAAAGCCUGGAAAAUGGACCCGGCCACGGCAGUUUACCCCCCAACCAUGAAUGCGGGCAGCACCUCGGAGAAGUUCUUGUCACGUCAGAGAGAUUUCAUCGACGAAGACGAACACAAGCUCCUCGUGAAUAAGAAGAAGGGGCAAACGAAACGACGCGAUGGAUCUGGAGCACGACUUGUGACCCGAAAACCCCUGGAAGCGAUGCUUGACAUCAAGUACCUCAAAUCCUUGGUCGAGCCAGGCGAAGCGGUUGGCAUCGUCGCUGGUCAGUCGGUGGGAGAACCGUCCACGCAGAUGACGCUCAACACGUUCCAUUUGGCAGGGCACGCAGCGAAGAACGUGACGCUCGGUAUCCCACGCCUUCGAGAGGUUCUGAUGACCGCGAGUCGCUCGAUCAGUACUCCGGCCAUGACGCUCCAUCUCACUGAAGACAUCCCUAAUGAGACCGCCCAGACGUUCGCCAAGAGCAUUAGUCGGCUGGCUCUGUCGGAAGUAGUGGAGUCAUGCUCUGUGAAGGAAAGUGUGGGAAAAGGCGUCAGUUACACGCACUCGAAGUACUACACGGUCCGCCUGGACUUCUUCCCCGCCGAGGAAUACAUGGAAGAGUUCGCCAUCCAGAUCGAAGAUAUCAUACGUGCCAUUCAGAAGAACUUCUUGCCGGAUCUGAUCUCCCGCAAGAGGAAGGAGUUGAAACGCAAAGUUCAGGAAUCGAGAAGCUCUCACGGAUCCAGGAAUGCCAUCGGAGUGGGCAAGAAAAUCGUUGAACGUCCGCCAGGGCCCGUCGAGGAUGUUGCCGACGGGGAAGAGGAGGGCGAUGGUGACGCAGACGACGCGAAGAGAGCAGGCCGGACAACGAACUUUGGGUAUGAUGAUGCCGAAGAGGAGGAGGAGAAUGUCAUCUCCGCACAGGAGAAGUCAACGGAGGUAAUGCAUGAGGAAGAGGACGAAACCUAUGGGGGAAGUCCAAAGGAAAGCGAAGCCGAAGAUGAGGACGCGACUGAUCUGGCAUCCAAGGUCGAGAAAGCACGCGCCAACGUAUCCCGAGUUCGGGAGGAAACGUUGCGCGAACGCAAAGAGACCAGGGAAGUGUCAUCGUUCAAAUUCGAUGAUGAACAUGGACAAUGGUGCGAGUUCUCCAUUGAACAAACGAUGGAAGACCCGAAAGUUCUUCUUCUCCCCCUCGUCGAGGCCGCCUUGAAGAUGGCAGUGAUCCAUGAUGUCCCUGGAAUCAUCGCUGGUGAUGUCAAUUACGAAGACCAAACCGACGAAGCGACCGGCGACAAAUCCAAGGUCGCGAAAUCCAUCUCCACUCGUGGGGCCAACCUCCUUGCCAUGCGAGACUCGUUCUUUCAGAACGUGAUCGAUCCCCACCGAAUCUUCACGAACGAUGUGGCUGCCAUGUUGGAGCACUACGGAGUUGAAGCGGCUCGAGCGACCAUCGUUCGAGAACUGGAUGGUGUGUUCGGUGGGCAUGGAAUCAGUGUUGACAACCGACAUUUGAAUCUGAUUGCGGACUACAUGACGCGUGGAGGAUCGUUCAAGGCGUUCAAUCGAAUGGGCAUGACUCAUGGUUCAAGUCCUUUCAUGAAGAUGAGUUUCGAGACGACGGUCAAAUUCCUCACGCAGGCUGUCCUAGGAGAGGAUACGGAUAUUUUGCAGAACCCCAGUUCCCGCAUUGUUGCUGGGAAGCUCAGCAGGGUUGGAACGGGGGCGUUCGAUGUGAUGAUGCCUCUACCUUUGGAUGGAAAUCAUUAAACAUUAGAAGGAAUUGUACAGUACCAUAGCGUUUCAAUGAAAAUGUACAGGUAUUUUG